CCUGCUCUGUUCAAGGCAGACGAGCGAAGGGAAGCCCCGGCCUCGGUGCGGAAAGUGCUGCCUGGCUGGCUGAGGCGGUCCCUUUGGCCGCCGUCCCCUCUUUCUCCUCCCCCUCCGGGCUGUGCGCUGGGGACUGGCUCGCUCCUGAAACCCCCGCCCGCCGGCUCGACCACCGGAGCAAGAGCAGGAGCCGAGAUUGGCCGCCGCCGCUUCUCCUGUCCCUUCUUCCUUUUCCCCCUUAAAAUCUCCCCUUCCCCAGCUCGGGUGCUCGGCGGCAUGGCCCGGCUCAAGGCAGGUCCUGCAUUCCCUAGGCUCUGCUUCGGGAUCCUGGUCUGGAGCGGGAGCCUCCUGCCCCUCGUUUCCCCCCAGCCGCCGCCACCAUCACCGCCACAGCGGGGGAGCGUGUGGUGUCCCAGCCGCUGCCUCUGCUUCCGCACCACGGUGCGCUGCAUGCACCUCAUGCUGGAGAGCGUCCCUGCCGUAUCACCGCAGACCACCAUCCUGGACUUGCGGUUUAAUAGAAUUAAAGAAAUCCAACCUGGUGCAUUUAGACGGCUUAAAAAUCUGAACACGUUACUUCUAAACAACAAUCACAUUAAAAGAAUACCUACUGGAGCAUUUGAAGAUCUUGAAAAUCUAAAAUAUCUCUAUUUGUACAAGAAUGAAAUCCAGUCAAUUGACAGGCAAGCAUUUAAAGGACUUGCCUCUCUAGAGCAACUGUAUCUGCACUUUAAUCAAAUUGAAACAUUGGAACCGGAAUCAUUUACACAUCUUCCCAAACUUGAAAGAUUAUUUUUACACAACAACAGAAUAUCCCAUUUAAUUCCUGGGACAUUUAGUCAUUUGGAAUCUAUGAAACGACUGCGUCUGGAUUCAAAUGCACUGCACUGUGACUGUGAAAUACUGUGGCUGGCAGACUUGUUGAAGACAUAUGCAGAGUCUGGUAAUGCACAAGCUGCAGCUACGUGUGAAUAUCCAAGGAGGAUCCAGGGAAGAUCAGUGGCCACAAUAACACCAGAAGAACUUAACUGUGAGAGGCCAAGAAUUACAUCAGAGCCUCAGGAUGUGGAUGUUACCUCAGGGAAUACCGUUUACUUCACUUGCAGAGCUGAAGGCAAUCCCAAACCAGAAAUUAUUUGGCUUCGAAACAAUAAUGAGCUUAGUAUGAAAACGGAUUCCCGUUUGAACUUGCUUGAUGAUGGCACUCUAAUGAUUCAGAACACUCAAGAGACUGACCAAGGCAUUUAUCAGUGCAUGGCAAAAAAUGUGGCAGGAGAAGUGAAAACUCAAGAAGUUACUCUACGCUACUUUGGUUCCCCAGCUAGGCCAAGUUUUGUGAUACACCCACAAAAUACAGAGGUACUGGUUGGAGAAAGUGUUACCUUGGAAUGUAGUGCAACUGGUCACCCCCAACCACGAAUCACAUGGACUAAAGGUGAUAGAACUCCUCUGCCAAAUGACCCUCGCAUCAUCAUAACUCCAUCAGGAGGGCUUUACAUCCAAAAUGUGGAUCAAAAGGAUGGUGGCGAGUAUACCUGUUUUGCAACCAACAGCAUAGAUAGCAUCCAUGCAACUGCAUUCAUCAUUGUUCAAGCUGUACCUCAAUUUACUGUGAGUCCUCAAGACAGAAUAGUGAUUGAAGGGCAAACAGUUGACUUCCCUUGUGAGGCCCAGGGAUAUCCUCAACCAGUCAUUGCCUGGACUAAAGGAGGAAGCCAACUUUCUGUAGAUAGAAGACACUUAGUCUUGUCAUCUGGAACCCUGAGGAUUUCCAGAGUUGCUUUACAUGAUCAAGGCCAGUAUGAAUGCCAAGCUGUUAACAUUGUAGGAUCUCAACGAGUUACAGUACAUCUGAGUGUACAGCCUAGAGUAACCCCUGUGUUUGCUAAUGUUCCAAGUGAUAUGACAGUAGAAGUUGGCACAAAUGUGCAGAUUCCAUGCAGUUCUCAAGGAGAGCCUGAACCAGUAAUAACAUGGAAUAAGGAUGGUGUUCAGGUUACUGAAAGUGGAAAAUUUCAUGUCAGCCCUGAGGGAUUUCUUACUAUUCAUGAUGUUGGACCAGCAGAUGAAGGCCGUUACGAAUGUGUUGCAAGGAAUACCAUUGGAUAUUCUUCAGUUAGUAUGGUACUAAGUGUAAAUGUUCCUGAUGUCAGUCGAAAUGGAGAUCAAUUUGUCGCAAGUUCAAUUGUUGAAGCAAUUGCUACUGUUGACAGAGCAAUAAACUCAACUCGUACACAUUUGUUUGACAGUCGUCCUCGUUCUCCAAAUGAUUUGCUAGCCUUAUUUCGAUACCCAAGAGAUCCUUACACUAUUGAGCAAGCAAGAGCUGGAGAAAUAUUUGAAAGAACGUUACAGCUAAUUCAAGAACACGUGCAAGAUGGUCUAAUGGUUGAUCUAAAUGGGACAAGCUAUCACUAUAAUGACCUUGUAUCUCCACAGUAUUUGAAUCUGAUAGCUAACCUCUCAGGCUGCACUGCCCAUAGGCGUGUGAAUAACUGUUCAGAUAUGUGCUAUCACCAGAAAUACAGAACACAUGAUGGAACUUGCAAUAAUCUGCAGCAUCCGAUGUGGGGAGCCUCUCUGACAGCCUUCGAACGCUUGUUGAAGUCAGUCUAUGAAAAUGGAUUUAAUUUGCCAAGGGGGAUUGGAGCUAACCGCCGCUACAAUGGAUACACACUCCCAAUGCCACGCUUAGUUUCCACUACUCUGAUAGGGACUGAAACAAUAACCCCUGAUGACCAGUUUAGUCAUAUGCUAAUGCAGUGGGGCCAAUUCUUAGAUCAUGAUCUUGACUCCACAGUUGCGGCUCUAAGUGAAGCCAGGUUUUCUGAUGGUCAGCAUUGCAGCUCAGUUUGUACAAAUGAUCCUCCGUGUUUCUCCAUCAUGAUCCCACCCAAUGAUCCUCGAGUCAGGAAUGGAGCACGGUGCAUGUUUUUUGUCCGUUCAAGUCCAGUCUGCGGAAGUGGCAUGACAUCUCUUCUCAUGAAUUCUGUUUACCCACGAGAACAGAUAAACCAACUGACUUCCUAUAUUGAUGCAUCCAAUGUAUAUGGCAGUUCAGAGCAUGAGGCACAAGAAAUCAGAGACUUAGCAAGUCACAGAGGCCUUCUGAGACAGGGCAUUGUACAGAGAUCUGGAAAGCCCCUUCUUCCAUUUGCUACUGGCCCACCAACAGAAUGUAUGAGGGAUGAGAACGAGAGCCCAAUUCCUUGUUUCUUAGCUGGCGAUCAUCGUGCCAAUGAACAGCUGGGGCUCACCAGCAUGCACACCCUGUGGUUUAGAGAACACAACAGAAUUGCCACAGAAUUACUGAAGCUCAACCCACAUUGGGACGGUGAUACAAUAUAUCACGAAACACGCAAAAUUGUUGGUGCAGAAAUGCAACACAUAACAUAUAGCCACUGGCUGCCUAAGAUUUUGGGGGAGGUAGGCUUGAAGAUGCUUGGCGAAUAUAAAGGUUAUGAUCCCAAUAUUAAUUCUGGCAUAACUAAUGAGUUUGCAACUGCCGCUUUUAGGUUUGGUCACACACUGAUCAAUCCCAUACUGUAUCGGUUGGAUGAAUAUUUUGAAACUAUUCCACAAGGCCAUAUACCUCUUCAUAAGGCAUUCUUCUCUCCAUUUCGGAUUGUAAAUGAAGGAGGCAUCGAUCCACUUCUAAGAGGGUUAUUUGGUGUUGCUGGUAAGAUGCGUGUGACAUCACAGUUGCUCAACACAGAAUUGACAGAGAGGCUUUUCUCCAUGGCACGAGCAGUAGCUUUAGAUCUGGCUGCAAUGAAUAUUCAAAGAGGCAGAGAUCAUGGAAUCCCACCUUACCAUGAUUUUAGAGUUUACUGCAACCUUUCCUCAGCACACACAUUUGAAGAUCUAAAAAAUGAAAUUAAGAAUCCUGACAUCAGAGAGAAACUCAGGAGAUUAUAUGGUUCACCACUGAACAUAGAUUUGUUUCCUGCUCUUAUGGUAGAAGAUUUAGUUCCUGGUAGCAGAUUGGGACCAACAUUGAUGUGUCUCUUGAGCACACAAUUUAAACGUCUCCGAGAUGGGGACAGGUUAUGGCAUGAGAAUCCAGGUGUGUUUACUCCAUCUCAGUUAACUCAGAUCAAGCAGGCAUCCCUUGCCAGAAUUCUAUGUGACAACAGUGACAACAUAACCAGAGUGCAACGUGAUGUUUUCAGAGUGGCUGAGUUUCCACAUGGAUAUGGAAGCUGUGAUGAAAUUCCUAAAGUGGAUCUCAGAAUGUGGCAAGAUUGCUGUGAAGACUGUAGAACAAGAGGACAAUUCAAUGUAUUCUCUUAUCACUUCCGAGGAAGACGUUCUCUUGAUUUCAGUUUUCGUGAAGACAAGCCUUCAAAGCACAUGAAAAUGUCAAAAACAAGUUCUGUAAGGGAGAAUAAACUUUCUAAUAGCACCAUUUCAUCCUUUGAUGAGCGCAAGAAAGCACCCAUAAUGAAUGACUUCAAAGAAUUUGUUGGAGACAUGCAAAAAACUAUCACAGACCUCAGAAAACAGAUAAAGAAACUUGAAUCACGGCUCAGUAGAACUGAAUGCACUGAUGAAAAGGGUAAAUCUUAUUCCAGUAAUGAAACCUGGAAAAAAGACCCAUGCACCAUGUGUGAAUGCAAGGUUGGUCAGAUAACCUGUUAUGUGGAAUCAUGUCCACCAAAUGAUUGUGCAACACCUGUGAACCUUAAAGGAGUUUGCUGCCCUGUCUGCUUAAAACAAACUAUUAGCAAGGAAAAUAAGCCCUAAGCCUGCUUUGCAACUGUUACAUACCAAGUCAUACAGAUAUCUGCUCAUGGCAAAAUACAGGUAACAAGAGGCUUAAAACCACAACAGCAAAUCAAGACAUUACAGGACAGUAUUCAAAUGAUGGUGUAACAAUGUAAGAAAAUGUAUUAUUUUACAUGCUUGCCCACUGAAAAACUGCAAUGUAAAAGUAUUGAAAGGGAAUACACAGUACAGAUCAAGAUAAUUUGUAUUAAUACUUCUCAGGUUCAACAAACUGAAAACUGGUGCUGCUUUUUAAACAAUCCUGUCUGAAGUGAUUUGAGACUGUCAGGCUGGUUUUUUUUUCUUCAUACACUGGCCAAAGGAAGACAGGUGCCAUUUAAUUAGAUGAAAAGUGGGCCACAGUUUUAUUUUUAAAAUACAAUCUGGUCCAGUGUUGAUGUCUAACUUGCCCUAUAUCACAUACCUUGAUGGUGCUAGUCUAAGGUCUUCCUAAAACCCGUAUUGUACUUGGACAGCUAGUCAUGGCAUGAUGUCAUUACAUCAGUCACUCAGCCCUGCAUUCUGUGGCAGUGCCAGUUCUAAAGGAUGUUGAGGGUAGAGAACUUUUAUUUUGCUACAGAUACAUAGCACACCGCUUUGCAGUAUUAAAGUCUUGUCCUAUCCACUGUCCACAACUACCCUUUCUAUUUCUUAACAUAAUACCUCUGAGACGAUCAGAAAUCAUAUACCUAAUUAUGUGUUAAACUUCCCACUGCUACAGAAAUUUGAUGUAACAUAAAACAAUACAUUCAAAAGUCUCCAUUCUCAUGAGGAAAAAUGCAUCACUGGAAGACAACAACAACAAACCACAUGUUUUUAGCCAUUUGCCUGUGGAGGAAACAAUUAUUUCCUGUCCCAAUAUGAUGACUGCUCUGACUGCUACACAUUGAGCUAAACCUGAGCUAUUUACUUAUCUGAUUUUUCUAGAUCCUUCUGGGCUCAUUUGCAAUGUGUGAAUGCCCUUUCCCAAGAGACAAUAUUGUUUGGAUUGGACCACAGGGGUUUUUCCUUCUUCCCAUCUAAUGGGGUAAUGCUGUACACCUCUAGUACCGCAAACCAGGGGACACCAAAGCAGUACUAGCAAACUGCUUCUCAUAAUAGCUUAAUUUCUAGGGGGAAAAUAUGCCAGAACUCAGGGUCCUGAAAGCACCAUCAUUCUGGCUGGAUGCCUGUGUCCCCUAAUACCUGGGGUAUGGAGAUCCUGUGUUCUUACUCAGUAGUAACAUUUCCGUUUGUUCACCUUUUACCUGUCAUGCUUCUAUUUAUGUUCCUUCUGUUGAACAUGGAUGCAAGGCCUGGUGCGCUCUAGCUUCUUGUAGAUAUCAUGCCCUCUAUUUCUGAUGCUUAAGGUGCAAGUGCUUAUAUUUCCAAACUGGCACCACACAUACACAAGAGAGAAAUAUUGGCAGCCUUGGAGAAACCCCACGGUUUGCAGAACUACACAAAUAAUAACAGGAACGUGAGAAAGUUGUUGUUGUUGCGGGGAGCAAAGACAACCCAAUGAGGUCUGAACAUGCUUAGUUGUCACAAAAUACUGAAUUCCUGUUGUAGUGGAAGAAAAAUCAUGUGGCAAAGGGAAUAAAAUGGAAUAUUGUAGAGGUGGGCAUGUCUAAUUGGCAGGGACUAUGAACGAACACCUUCCAUACUGCAAAAUUGUGUUGCAGGUCCCAUUUUCCUACAUGCUAGGCAUUCAUUAUUCUACAUUCACUGAGUAGCCAAUAGAAGAAAUGUGCCUAUGGCUUUUCUACUAUGGUUUGUUUCUACAAGAUGCUGAUAAUCCAGCUUGGUUCAUUGAAACGCUCAAGCACAUGAUUAUAGUUGUAAGCCUUUGAGGAUCAAUGCCCAAAUUUAAGUGUAUAGCUAUUUGGGGGGGGGGUGAUGCUGAAAUGCAGCAUCAAGAUUGCUUACAGAUUGUCAUGGAAGAUUUAUUCACUCCUCACAAUUAAUUGUGAUAAAAAUAUAUACCCCUCAUGCACAAACCGGAGGAGGGGGAGGACAAAAAAGCUGCCUUUAGCUUUUCUGCAAGACAAAGAUGGGUAGGAACAUACAAAUCAGUCAAAUGGUUAUUAAAGGAAUGAAGUGAUAAAGAGAUUUCCUCAAAUGUUAUGCUUUUUUAAAGGAAAAAAAGUCAAAUUUGCUUUAGAAUUCAAUUUGAUUCCCUUUAAACUGUUUUUGACAUCUCAUAUUUGUAACUGCUGGGUAUAUUCAUUUUCAGUGUGAUGAACUCUCAGAGUCUUAUAAUGAUCUCUUAAGAGUCUAACUUUGGAACUAUUUUGCUCUUGUUCAUAUUGGAGCAUGCCUGAACUUUUCCCCCCAAGAAUCAUAUCUAUGUCAACUUUACUUUGAUUCUGGUCCUCCAUUGUACCUAGAGUUGAAACUUGUCUUUCUGGUGAGGCUCCUUUGCCUUUAAUAGUUGCAUGCCCAUGAGUACAGAUUUUCCUGGCAUCAAGGUGCAAGAAGUGGGAAAGUUCCAUCAAUUAUAGUUCUACCUGUUGCACACUUGUUAAAGGUGUAUUCCUGCUUCUCUUGGUGGUACAGCACCAGCUUAUUCUUGAGUACAGUGUAUGCAUCCUAUUAUAUGCAGGUGUGUAUGCUAUUCCAUAGUACUGUCAUGGAAUGUGAAAGUGAAAACAAAUUCUGUAUGCUAAUAUAAAAGGUUCUUAAGUGCUACUAAGGCUCCUUUAAAAUAAAGGAUACAGAGGUAGAUUUUACUGAAGCUGUGCCUAGUAGAUAGCACCAAAUGAUGCCUACUGGUUUAUUCUAAAAACUGUGUUCCAAUCUACACUGUGGCACGAUUUGUGAAAAAUCCAUCAGACAAAAGGCUUACAAAAUAGGGAUUAGCUGUCCCUUUACAUUUUUCUUCUUAAAAAAUAUGGUUUCAUUUAAGUUCUUCAUAAUACAAAGCACCUGUUUUCCCCCUUAGUAGUUGUCUUUUCUGAAUCUGUGUGCCCAGCUGUUUUUUAAAGCACUGUCGAAUGUAUGUCUACAUUAACUGCCCAUUGUUUACUUUUGUAUCUUCAAUAUUGCCUCUUUAUAACCAAUAUGUAUUAUUACAUUCAGUGAAGGAAAACUCUCAUACCUCAUUUGACAGACAUGUUUGAUUUCAUUGAUGGUGCUUAUCCAUGAAAAAAGUCUUAAUUCCCUGGAAUUUAGCAGUGUUCUACAAAUCCCAACUCUUCUUCCUUCUUUUAGUCUGGACAACCAAUAUAUGAAAUUGUUAAGUUAAAUCAUUAGUAUUUAAGGAUCAGGGUUAAAAAAAUUCUAGUCAAAUCCAUGAACCUUUUCGUAUUGUGUAAUUAAUGUGUAUGAUAACCUAGGAGUGUGUUCAAUAAUUAUUCUAGUUACAGUGCAUUCCUACUAAACAAUAUUUUGGCACAUCAACUCCCUGGCAUUAAUCAUUGUUCAUUUGAUGAAUAUCACAUCAUGCAUCUUCAAAAAGCAAAAUUAACCAAGAAACUUGUUUGGUGGAGACAGCAUCAGUAUCUGUACUAGGGUUGCCAGGUUCUUGUCCUGAGACUGAUCCUGUAUCUUUAGGAGAAGAGAAAGUC